AUGGAGGAGUUGCCACUGUUUAGUAAUGACGACAAACGCACUCGUUAGAGUAGCAAUUCUCGAAAUGCUGCCGUAGCAAAAGCUCCGCUCCCGUCGAUCACGUGCUCCAUCAUCGACUUAUCAUGUGACUCCUCUGCUCAGCACCUAAGAGUAGAAAAUCUCUCCCAAAACGAAGCUUGCAUUGCCGGGAUCUAUCGGUAUCGGACAGAUUUUUUCAGUUUGGAACGGAUCGUUUCCCGAUAUGUUCUAGGGUUUAGAGUUUCCAGGGAUGGGCUGCUUACAGUCGAAAACCAGCAACGUUCAAUCUCCCGACGAAGAAUCAUUGCAAGCUGAGAAACCAGAUCUAGGUAUUUCUCACUCGUUUUUCUUCUUUCUAAGAUCCUUUUUUAAUUUUAUACUUUUUUUUGAAGGUGAUGGAGAUCCAACGGAGCAAGAUCCUCAAGUGUCGGCAUUCAAGGAAUUUGCUCUAUCGGAGCUCCGAACCGCUACAAACGGCUUCAGCAGCGAUCUGAUCGUCUCGGAGAGCGGAGAGAAAGCUCCGAACGUCGUUUACAGAGGGAAGCUGGAGAACAAUCGCUUCGUUGCCGUGAAGCGUUUCUCGAAGCAGUCGUGGCCCGACGCGCCGCAAUUCGUCGCGGAGGCGGCAGGAGUUGGGAAGUUGCGGCACAAGAGAUUGGUGAAUCUGAUCGGGUGCUGCGCUGAAGGAGACGAACGUCUUUUGGUGGCUGAGUUCAUGCCGAACGAUACUCUCUCCAAGCAUCUUUUCCACUGGGAUAAGCAGCCGCUGCCAUGGGAAAUGCGUUUGAGAGUUGCAUACUAUAUAGCACAGGCACUCGAUCAUUGCAACACCGAAAAUCGAAAAAUCUAUCAUGAUUUGAAUGCAUAUAGAGUUCUUUUUGAUGAGGAUGGUGACCCUCGUCUAUCCAGUUUCGGUCUUAUGAAAAACAGUCGGGAUGGGAAAAGCUAUAGUACCAACUUGGCUUACACUCCUCCAGAAUUUUUGCGCACAGGAAGGGUCAUCCCCGAGAGUGUGAUCUACAGUUAUGGGACAGUUCUGUUGGACCUUUUAAGUGGGAAGCACAUCCCCCCAAGCCAUGCGUUAGAUUUAAUAAGGGGAAACAAUGUAUUGUUGUUGAUGGAUUCAUCCUUGGAGGGGCAGUAUGCUAAUGAAGAUGCUACAAAGUUGGUUGAACUUGCUUCUAGAUGUCUUCAGUCUGAGCCUAGAGAUCGACCUAAUUCUAAGUUUCUUCUCAAGGCAGUAGCACCUCUUCAAAAGCAGAAAGAGGUGGCAUCAAGCGUUUUGAUGGGUCUACAAAAAAAUACAACUGUGCUGCCGACCAUGCUCUCUCCUCUUGGAAAGGCUUGUGCAAGGAUGGACCUUACUGCCGUACAUGACAUAUUGCUUAAAACUGGUUACAAGGAUGAAGAGGGUGCAGAAAAUGAGCUGUCAUUUCAAGAAUGGACACAACAGGUGCAGGAGAUGCUAAAUACCAAAAAAUUCGGGGAUAUUGCAUUCAGGGACAAGGAUUUCAAGACUGCCAUUGAUUAUUAUUCAAAGCUGGUGGGGAUGAUGUCUGUUCCUUCAGCUACUGUUUUUGCGAGACGAGGCCUGUCCUACUUGAUGAACGGCCAGCCGGAGCUUGCCCUGCGCGAUGCAAUGCAGGCCCAGGUGUGCAUACCUGAGUGGCCCACCGCCUUCUAUUUGCAGGCCCUCGCCCUCUCCAAGCUUGGAAUGGAGACCGAUGCUCAAGACAUGCUCAACGAUGGAGCUACAUUAGAAGCAAAGAAGCAAAAUAACCUGCGAGGCUAGACUCCACAUGGAGGUGCAGGAUUCCUUUAGGAUACAUACCCUCUCAGUCUCUGCUGCUCUACUUCAACGAUGUGGAUAGAUUAAUGCGGUAUAAUGGAAAUGGUCGGAUUAGUGGGAGUAAAUUUUCUGUUAAAGAGUUAUUACAAGCCUAUACCAAGUUUAAGAUGAAUGUGUAAAGUAUUAAGAAGGGGUAGAAAUAAGUAGUAGGUGUUGAAUCACUUCCAAUGGUCA